CCCGCGCUGGCACCGAUGGCUCUGCUGUGGCUGCUCUGUGUCCUGCUGGCCCUGGCCGGGCCCGUGGGGGGCUCCUGGGACACCUGCAGAGGCACCUGCGGGCUCCGGCCCAUGGCGUUUGACCACAGCUCACUGGUUGUGGACUACGACCCCCCCGAUGGUGACUACUCAACCCUGGGAUCUUCCGAUGGCCCUUCCCUGGUCGUGGACAGCCCCGGUGUCCCCUCGGGGACCUGGCCUGGCAUCGUCAGCAUCCAGGCCACCUUCAAGAACGGCACGUGGCACAUGUGCUCGGGGGCACUGAUCCACCCGCAGUGGGUGCUCACGGUGGCACAGUGCUUCAACAGGGCUGGGGACAUCUCCAGGUGGGAGGUGGUGAUCGGUGCCACAGACCUGGCCCAGCCGGGCCCCGGCUCCAAGCGGCGCCGCAUCCAGAGGCUGCUGCGGCACCGGCGCUACCACGCUGACUCUCUGAGGAACAACAUCGCCCUGCUGGAGCUGGAGCAGCCCGUGGAGUGCAGCGACUACAUCCAGCUGGGCUGCGUGCCCGACAGCGCCCUGGCAGUGGCCGAGCUGAGGACCUGCUACAUGGCGGGCUGGAGAGCGGCCCCGGACAGCGCUCCCGGCCCGCGCCUGGCGCUGCAGGAGGCCAAGGUGCGGCUGAUGGACGCCCAGCUGUGCAACAGCAGCCGCUGGUACGGGGGGGCCCUGCACCCCCAGGACCUGUGCGCGGGGUACCCGCGGGGCGGCAUCGACACCUGCCAGGGUGACAUCGGGGGACCCCUGGUGUGCAAGGACCACGUUGGUGACUACUUCUGGCUGGUGGGGCUGGCCAGCUGGGGCAAGGGCUGUGCCGGGGACAAGCGCCCCGGGGUGUUCACCUCCACCCAGCACUUCCACGGCUGGAUCCAGCUCCAGAUGGGGCUGGUCCCGCACCAAAUGGAGCCUCCGGAGCCACCCCCGACCCCCAUCAUCGAGGAAGAGCCUCCAGAAAUGGAACCCGAACCAGAACCAGAACUGGCACCAGAACCAAUUCCCAUCCCGGUGCCAAUCCCAGAGCCAGAACCCAUACCAGAACCAGAAGAGGAAGAGGAAGAAGAACCAGAACCAACACCGGAACCCAACCCCUAUAUAACGAUUUCAUUCCCAAAAGCCAUCCUGCUGAGGUUCUUCAGGAAUCUGCAGGAGUUCCUGGAGUUCCUCAGGGACAAGAUGGAUUGA